CCCGCGUACCAGGUGGACAAAGGCAACAAGAUCAAGCUCAUGGUGGAGCUCAGCGACCCCGACCUGCCCCUCAAGUGGUACAAGAACGGGCAGCUCAUCAAACCCAGCACCAAGUACGUCUUCGAGAACGUGGGGCUGAAGCGCAUCCUCACCAUCCACAAGUGCUCCCUGGCCGACGACGCCGCCUACGAGUGUCGCGUCAACGAGGAGAAAUGCUUCACCGAGGUCUUCGUCAAAGAGCCCCCCGUGACCAUCGCCAAGGGCCUGGACGACCAGCAGGUGGUGGUGGGCGAGCGGGUGGUGCUGGAGGCCGAGGUCUCGGAGGAGGGCGCCCAAGUCAUGUGGAUGAAGGACGGGGUGGAGCUGACGCGGGAGGAGACCUUCAAGUACCGCUUCAAGAAGGACGGCAAGAAGCACUAUCUCAUCAUCAACGAGGCCACCAAGGAGGACACGGGACGCUACAAGAUCAUGACCAACGGGGGGGAGAGCGAGGCCGAGAUCAUCGUGGAGGAGAAGCAGCUGGAGGUGCUGCAGGACAUGGCGGACCUGACGGUGCAGGCGACGGAACAGGCCGUCUUCAAGUGCGAGGUGUCGGACGAGAAGGUGACGGGACGUUGGUUCAAGAACGGGGUGGAGGUGCGCCCCAGCAAGCGCAUCCACAUCUCCCACACCGGCAGGAUCCACAAGCUGGUGAUCGACGACGUGCGCCCCGAGGAUGAGGGGGAUUACACCUUCGUCCCCGACGGCUACGCCCUCUCCCUCUCCGCCAAGCUCAACUUCCUCGAGAUCAAGGUGGAGUACGUCCCCAAGCAAGAGCCCCCCAAGAUCCACCUGGACUGUUCGGGGCGCGCGGGCGAGAACACGCUGGUGGUGGUGGCCGGGAACAAGCUGCGCCUCGACGUCCCCAUCUCGGGGGAGCCGGCGCCCGCCGUCACCUGGGCCAAGGACGACAAGGAGUUCUCGCUGGCCGAGGGCCGGGUGCACCUGGAGCAAAAGCCCGACCUGAGCAGCUUCGUCAUCGAGAGCGCGGAGCGCGGGGACGAGGGACGCUACACCAUCCGGGUGACAAACCCCGCCGGCGAGGACACCGCCACCAUCCUCCUCAGGGUGGUCGACGUCCCCGACCCCCCCGAGGCCGUGCGCAUCACCUCGGUGGGGGAGGACUGGGCCGUGGUGGCCUGGGACCCCCCCAAGUACGACGGGGGGCAGCCCAUCAUCGGGUACCUGGUGGAGCGGAAGAAGCAGGGCUCGCGGCGCUGGAUGAAGGUGAACUUCGAGGCGCAGGCGGGCGGGAGCCUGCUGUCCGCGCGCAUGCUGGAGGGCGUGCGCUACGAGAUGCGCGUGCUCGCGCUCAACGCCAUCGGCCUCUCCCCGCCCAGCCACAGCAGCGCCCCCUUCAUGCCCAUCGCCCCCACGAGCGAGCCGACGCACCUGGCGCUGGAUGACGUCACGGACACGACGGCGACGCUGAAGUGGCGCCCGCCCGAGCGCGUGGGGGCGGGGGGCAUCGACGGCUACCGCGUGGAGUACUGCCGGCAGGGGGAGGAUCAGUGGGUCCCAGCUAACACGGAGCUGGUGGAGCGCUGUGGGUUCACGGUGCGGGGGCUGCCGACGGGGGAGAAGCUGCUGUUCCGCGUCAUCGGGGUGAACAUCGCGGGGCCCAGCCCCCCGGCCACGCUGGCCCAGCCCGUCACCAUCCGCGAGAUCGUGGAGCGCCCCAAGAUCCGGCUGCCGCGGCACCUGCGCCAGACCUACGUGCGGAAGGUGGGGGAGCAGGUCAACCUCGUCAUCCCCUUCCAGGGGAAGCCGCGGCCGCGCGUGACGUGGAGCCGGGCGGGGGCGCCGCUGGGGGAGGACGUGCACGUGCGCAACUCGGAGCGCGACACCGUGUUCUUCAUCCGCGCGGCGGCGCGCGCGCACUCGGGCGAGUUCGAGCUGCGGCUGCAGAGCGGCAACAUGGAGGACACGGCGCGGCUGCGCCUGCGCGUCGUCGAGCGGCCGGGCCCCCCCCUGCGCGUGCGCGUGACGGAGGUGUGGGGCUGCAACGCGGCGCUGGAGUGGACCCCCCCCGCGGACGACGGGAACUGCGAGCUGGGGGGGUACAGCGUGCAGAAGGCCGACACCCGCACCAUGGAGUGGUUCACGGUGGUGGAGCACACGCGCCCCCCCCGCUGCACGGUGUCGGAGCUGGUGAUGGGCAACGAGUACCGGUUCCGGGUGUUCAGCCACAACCUGUGCGGGGCCAGCGCCACCCCCGGGCUGUCCCUCAACACCGCCCGCAUCCCCAAGGCCGGGCUGACGCUGAAGCUCCCCCAGUUCCAGGAGCACGAUUUCCGCUCCCCCCCCGAGUUCCUGACGCCCCUGGUGGAUCGCAGCGCCGUGGCCGGCUACACCACCGCCCUCAACUGGGGGCACCCCAAGCCCAAGGUGGUGUGGCUGAAGAACCAGGUGGCCAUCGGGGAGGACCCGCGGUUCCUGGCGGCACAGCCAGGCGUCCUCACGCUGCAGAUCCGCAAGCCCGGGCCCUUCGACGGGGGCGUCUACGGCUGCCGGGCCGUCAACGAGCUGGGGGAGGCGCUCACCGAGUGCCGCCUGGAGAUCCGGGUGCCCCAGUGAAGGCGACAGCGAGGCAGGACGAGCCGGAGGAGGUGGCCAGAGGUGCCCCCCCCGGAAUAAAUGGAGCCCCCCCAGCUCCUGGCUGCCCCCC